GCAUCGAAACCGGAUCGAGAUGCUGCGUGUCGCGUUUCCUGCCGCUAUUCUGCUAUUCUUGCUUCAACAGACAUGUCUCGCUCGGGAAUUGAGCUCCAUUCGCGAUCGUCGAGAUGUCCAAACGGAAGACAGCGACGCGUUACGAUCGGUAGUCUCUGUCAGUCCAGUUCCAAGCUUAAACGUGGACGAAUCGAAGCAGGAUCUCGCCACGGCUGCCUCUGGCCAUCAAGGUCAUCAUCACGAGUCUGGAGGAGGACAGAGUCAUCACGCUGAUCAUCACGAAGAACAUGGCGAGGAAGGUGAGAAGGGAUACAAGAGUCAUCAUCAUCACGAUAAGAGUGACAAAGGUGAGCACGAUAAACAUCAUCAUUCCGGUCAUCACGAAGAGCACGGUGGCCAGAAGAAAGGACACCAUGAUGAACACGAGAAAUACGGAGAACAUCACGAGGGUGAGAAAGGACACAAGGGUGGAAAGUUUGGAGAGAAAAAGGGUCACAAGAAAGGUCACAAGACGAAAGGGUAUCAUAACAAGUUUCACAAGGACGAAUAUCAUAAAGAACAUAAGUUUUACGAUGAUUAUCAUAAGGGUGGCCAUCAUAAGAAGCACGGUGACUUUUAUGGACACCAUGAGAAGAAGGAAGGAGAGCAUAAGAAAGGUGGUCAUCAGCAUGCUGGGUAUCACGAGGAUCAUCAUGGUAAGAAGGGUCAUCAUGAUAAGGGUCACCUGGACGAGGAACAUAAAGGUCAUCAUGGGAAACAAGGACACGAUGAACAUUAUAGCCAUCAUGAUUCUUAUGGAAAGAAGGGUGACCAGCAUUCUGGGAAGAAAUACGGAUACAGCAAAGGACACAAAGGUUAAAAGACGUAACGCUCUGAGUUGAAUGACGGUUCUGGAUACUUUUGUUCGAAGAAUUUCGUUGUUCUGUUUCUAGCUUACAAUUAAAACUGUAUGUUUGUUAUACUGUAUUGUUGUGAAUUGAUGAUUGAAAAACUGCGAUUGUCGUUGCUUCGCGUUUCACCGAAUUGUUAUUACUUUGUUA